UGCGUGAUGGCAGGCAGCAGGAAAGUUGACAAGUAUUCUAUACUUUUACCAACAUACAACGAACGAGAAAAUCUUCCCAUCAUCAUAUGGCUGAUAGUUAAAUACUUAGACGAGAGUGGGGUGGACUAUGAGAUCAUAGUGAUUGACGACGGGUCCCCAGAUGGCACUUUGGAGGUUGCAAAGCAGCUAGAGGAAAUUUACGGAAAAGACAAGAUACUGCUAAGACCAAGAGCCAAAAAGCUUGGAUUAGGUACGGCAUACAUUCACGGCAUGAAGCAUGCGACGGGGGACUAUGUGAUCAUUAUGGACGCCGAUCUCUCUCAUCACCCAAAGUUCAUUCCACAGUUUAUCGAGAAGCUCCACGAGGGAAACUAUGAUAUCGUGUCAGGGACACGAUACAGUGGGUCCGGAGGAGUAUAUGGCUGGGAUCUGAAGCGAAAAUUCAUCAGUCGAACUGCGAACUACAUCGCUCAGAUUCUGCUGCGACCGGGAGCAUCUGAUCUUACCGGCAGUUUCAGGCUGUACAGGAGGGACGUGCUGCAGCAGCUGGUAGACUGCUGCAUCUCCAAGGGCUACGUCUUCCAGAUGGAGAUGCUGGUGCGUGCGCGAAGCCUCGGCAUGAGCCUCGGCGAGGUCCCGAUCAGCUUCGUCGACCGCGUCUACGGAGAGUCGAAGCUCGGAGGCAGCGAGAUCGUUGCCUACGUGAAGGGCCUGUUGCAGCUGUUUGCCACCACGUAGCGAGAGUGAGCGAGUGCACGCGGGGUGGCAGGGGGUGGAGGAGGGUCCGAGGACGGAGGAAGAGAGAUUGUUACCUACGUGAAGGGCCUGCUGCAGCUGUUUGCCACCAUGUAGCGAGAGCGAGCAAGUGCACGGGGGUGGCAGGGGGUGGAGGAGGGUCCGAGGUAGGCUUAGAUACAAAUAUCUCGAAAAAUGGCCUAAAUAUGU